AUGAAGAAAGAUAUAGAUGCUCUGAUAACCGAGGAACGUGCAGACAUCAUAAAGAAAUAUGACAAGGGAAGACAAGAAGGCGUCAAUAUUGACCCAUGGGAAGAUGCCGACUACAGCAUCUAUAAAGUCACUGAUCGAUUUGGAUUCUUGCAUGAGAAGGAACUCCCAACUCCAAGUGCCCUUGAAGCAAAGUUAAAGCUACAUGAAAUUGAGCGAGUGGAGAAAUGGCUGAAGAUGGUGAAGAACUGGGACAAGUACAAAAACAGUGAAAAGUUGGCAAAGAGAGUGUACAAAGGCAUCCCCCUCCAGCUCAGAGGUCAAGCCUGGGCUCUGCUUUUGGAUUUGGAGAAAGUGAAGCAGGACAAUCAGGGAAAGUACGAGAGAAUGAAAAUACAGGCUCGUAACUUCUCCACAGAAAUCAAACAGAUCGACUUGGAUGUCAACAGAACCUUCAGAAACCACAUCAUGUUCAUGGACCGCUUUGGAGUCAAGCAGCAGGCCUUGUUCCACGUCCUCGCAGCCUACUCGGUCUAUAACACGGAGGUGAGCUAUUGCCAAGGCAUGAGUCAGAUUGCGGCCAUCUUGCUCAUGUACCUGAACGAAGAAGAUGCUUUCUGGGCUCUGUCUCAGCUCCUUACGAACAGCAAACACGCCAUGCACGGAUUCUUCAUUCCAGGUUUUCCUAAACUCCAUCGUUUCCAAGCACAUCAUGAACUCAUCCUCUCCAAAAUGCUGCCCAAGCUGAAGAAGCACCUGGAUAAAGAGCAGAUGACAACUGGGAUUUACACCACUAAAUGGUUUCUGCAGUGCUUCAUUGACAGAAGCCCUUUCACCCUCACUCUGCGGAUAUGGGACAUUUUCAUAUUGGAGGGAGACAAGAUUCUAACUGCCAUGGCUUAUACCACUCUGAAGCUGCACAAAAAGCGUCUGCAGAAGCUCCCGUUGGAGGACGUGAGGGAGUUUCUUCAAGAAGAACUGUCGGUGUCCUUCUUUUUACCGGAUGAUGUGGUGAUUGAACAGUUACAUGUGGCCAUGUCAGAGCUGCGGGGUAAAAAGCUGGACCAGCCUCCUCCAGCCAAGUCAGAGGAGCUGCCAAAAAAACCUCUGGGUCAAGAGCGACCGGUCCCCAACCAUCCCGACUCGCCCCUCGAGGUCAAAAGCUGUCUCCAAGAGCACAGCCACUUCAGCGCCGAAGAGCAACACGCAGACAGCAUUUCUCUACACGCAACCUCCUCUCCCGUAGAAGCGAAUGACGCCACCGCUCCCUCCUCGCCUUCAUCCGACGCGGUGGUAGUGCACACAGAGGGCUCGGAGCAUGUUUCUAUAAAGCCUUGCAGAGCUCCUCCACUGCCCCCAAAGCAAGAUCAAGCUUCAUCUAAAGUAGAAGGGACAGGGGACUCGCAAGGGAGCAGCCAGCCUGAACGUAAGCAACUGCAGGAGGAGCCCGUAGAGUGGCCUCCUCCUUACGAGCCUCCUACUUUAAACAGUAUCCAGACCCAAGCUGACAUCAUAGAAUUACCAGAACUUCCACCUCCACCGUUUUGCUACACAGAAGGCACCAUAGCUCAAAAUCCAGCUUCUCCACCCCAGAGUCCAGCAAAGCCUAAAAUUAGCCCCAAGCCAAUAACGUCCCUCGACAUCCUACAGAAAAGGCCUUCCCCGACGCGCGUUUUCACAACUUCCUCCGCGUCGUCGUCUCCCAGGCUUCCACCGAAGCCGACCAAAUUCCCGGUGUCCCUCUACGUUCCGGUUCACGCGGGGGACAGGCGACCUUCCAACACCUCGCAGUACGAUAACCUUUCCGAAGGGGACGACGACGACCGCUACAUAGACAGGCUCUUGGCUAGCACCCCGGAGGAAUCCCCCAAGAAUUGCUAUACGUUCAACAAAGACUAUGACCCCAUAGAGUAUCCUGUCCCUCCACGCCCAGUGUUCAUCCCGCCGUCUCCGAGCACGCCAACGUUCCGCUCGCUGUCCCAAGAGCCGCUGUAUGAGCGAGAGGAGCGCUGGGUAGAAGAUUCCGUGAUCCUUACGCCUCCUCCAUCGACUUUCGCUGACAGAUUGGCUCCUUUUCAGUGCAGCGGACACAGCUGUUCGGACAUUCACAGAGCCACCUCACCUAACUACUCCAAAGCCUUCUCCAGGGGCCCCAGAGACCAUUCAGCCUUCCCCGCUCCCCUCCUCUACACUGGGUCACCUCCUGGGAAAUUUGCAACCGGACAAGCCUCUGUUGGGGUGCCACUAGUCAGAUCCAACCCAGACCUGUGUCGCAUAUCUCCAGGUGGCCACGCGAUGCCCAAAUCGGUGACUUUUGGAUGA